UGACUUAUCCAACAAACCGCCCACUUCGGAUGCUGAGCUUGUGACUGGCAACCGACUGGUUAACCGGCCGAAGACCGAAGUCACGACGGCAAGAAAAAUAGAGUUCUCAUUCAACACAGCCCACAGUCUGUCUAUAUAGUCAGGCUAGUGCUACAAGGUCAGUCUUUACAUUUUGCGGUGACAGCAGGCCGUUUCGGUUGGGAAAUUCCAAACACGAAACAGAAAAGCUCACAGGACAAGGAGACGAGAGAGGUGCGUGACAACAGAGAGAGAGACUAGCCUACACAGUUGCUACUAAGUCUGACAUCAUCCCAAUUAUAUUCCAAGAGGUCGGAAUCACUUGAAUGCGAAGAUGACAGACGCGGUCGUGGACGGCAAAUUGGAGGCGGUGAAACAGGCUACUAAAUAUGUCAAAGAGACCGAGAACGUUGCGGAAAAAUAUUCUGCGAUGACCGUUAGCAAGAACAGCGACAUGAACAUGAACGUGGGUGAAUUGCAGUCUGCAGCAUUUACUGCUGUGCCAUCUCUCAAACCCAUCAAGAAGAUCCAGUUUGCUAACGCGGAGGAUAAACAGGAGUUUCAGAAGUACCCCACUAAGGCCGGCCGGCGCUCCCUCUCUCGCUCCAUCUCCCAGUCCUCCACAGAUAGCUACAGCUCAGCUGCGUCCUACUCAGACAGCUCAGAUGACGAGACCUCUCCUCGGGACAAGGCCCAGGCCAACUCCAAGGGCAGCAGCGACUUCUGCGUUAAGAACAUCAAACAGGCAGAGUUCGGCAGACGGGAGAUCGAGAUCGCAGAGCAAGAUAUGUCAGCCCUGAUCUCCCUGAGGAAGAGAGCCCAGGCUGAGAAGCCUCUAGCUGGGGCAAAGAUAGUGGGCUGCACCCACAUCACAGCUCAGACUGCAGUUCUGAUAGAGACCCUGGUAGCUCUUGGAGCUCAGUGUCGUUGGACAGCCUGCAACAUCUACUCUACUCAGAACGAGGUGGCUGCUGCCCUGGCAGAGACUGGUGUGCCUGUGUUUGCAUGGAAGGGCGAGUCAGAGGAUGAUUUUUGGUGGUGUAUCGACCGCUGUGUCAACAAAGAAGGCUGGCAGGCCAACAUGAUUCUGGAUGACGGAGGGGAUCUGACCCACUGGGUCUAUAAGAAGUACCCCAGCGUGUUUAAGAAGGCUCAGGGCAUCGUGGAGGAGAGCGUCACUGGAGUCCACAGGUUGUACCAGCUGUCCAAGGCAGGCAAGCUGUGUGUCCCGGCCAUGAAUGUCAACGACUCGGUUACCAAGCAGAAGUUUGACAACCUCUACUGCUGCAGAGAGUCCAUCCUGGACGGUUUGAAGAGGACCACUGAUGUGAUGUUCGGAGGGAAACAGGUGGUGGUGUGUGGUUACGGAGAGGUGGGUAAAGGUUGCUGCUCUGCUCUGAAGGCUAUGGGAGCCAUCGUCUGCAUCACAGAGAUAGACCCCAUCUGUGCCCUGCAGGGCUGCAUGGAUGGGUUCAGGGUGGUCAAGCUGAAUGAAGUCAUUCGUCAGAUGGAUAUUGUGAUAACCUGCACAGGCAAUAAGAACGUGGUGACCAGAGACCAGCUGGAUCGGAUUAAGAACGGAUGUAUAGUCUGCAACAUGGGACAUUCCAAUACUGAGAUUGAUGUGGCCAGCCUGCGGAGCCCGGAGCUCACCUGGGAAAGGGUGCGUUCUCAGGUGGACCAUGUUAUCUGGCCCGACGGCAAGAGGGUCAUUCUGCUGGCUGAGGGUCGUCUGUUGAAUCUGAGCUGUUCCACAGUCCCCACGUUUGUUCUGUCCAUCACAGCGACUACUCAGGCCCUGGCUCUGAUUGAACUGUUCAAUGCUCCUGAGGGACGCUACAAACAGGACGUCUAUCUGCUGCCUAAGAAAAUGGAUGAGUACGUGGCCAGCUUGCACAUGCCCAACUUUGACGCCCACCUGACAGAGCUGUCUGAGGAGCAAGCCAAAUACAUGGGCCUGAACAAGAACGGACCCUUCAAACCCAACUACUACAGGUAUUGAUGGGAAUGGACAACGCGACAACAUCUGGAAUAAGUGAAUAUAAUAUCUCUAUUUUAUUUCAUAAGUUAUUACAAAAGGGAAGAAUAAUCAUUAUUUUGCUUUUGCUGAAUGUAAAUGUUAUUAUUAACAUUGUCAUGCAUAAUAAUAUUGAUUAUAAUAUCUAACUUGUCUGUCGGGUACAUGAAUCUAACCAUGCAUAUCAAACAGCAGAGACCGAUAACGUGUUCCAAAUGGCAUCCUAUUUCAUUUGUAGUGCACUACUUUUGACCAGAGCCUAUGGGUAGUAGUGCACUACAUAGGGAAUAGGGUGCCAUUUGGGCCUUAGCUAAAGCGAGUAACCAUUAAAAAUAUUAGUCAUAUAUUUUAGUCUGCUGGCUAUGCUUUAAUCUCCUUGAAGUAUCAAUUUAGUCACAAUCACAAUGUCAAUAUGUCACUGUUACUGUGUACACACACACACACACACACACAUACACACACACACACACACGCGCACACACACACACACACACACACACACACACACACACACACACACACACACACACACACACACACACACACACACACACACACACUGACAUUUUAAAUUAAGUCAAUUCCAUGAGCCAGAUUUGGGUUUGUGAUCCUAACUGGGAAUGUUUUAAUGUCUGGUGAAGCAUUGAAGAAGCUACGUGUCAUUAAGCUGAGAGUCAAUGUGUCUUCACAGCCACUUGCUUAAUCAGGUCAUCUCAAUGUUUAAGUUCAUUCGUGGCUAUUUCUUAUGUUUGAAAUUCUUCUCGACUUUAGGGAUUUAAAGGCACCGUUUGUCCUAGUUCAUCUGUAUAUUAUCUCAUAGAAACUGUUCUGUUGUCACUAAAUGGUUCUAUUGGAUUUGAAGUUGUAUGUUGACAGACAUGUGAGGGUUUCUGUUUUCACUUGCUUAUGUUGAUCAUCUAAAUUAUUUCUACUUGUGAUUGUUGUAACUGGAUGUAUGAUAUAGCAGCAAUAAGCUCAUCCAAUAAUUAAUAAACAGAAAUAUACGUUUAUAA